AUGAAGUGCGUUAUGAUCUUUCUUGUGUUGACGCUCGUCGUCCUCAUGGCCGAACCCGGGAGUGUUUUUUUAAACACCUUAUCUUUAUGGCGCGGGGCCAAAGCUGCAUUCAGAGGUGCCAGGAUGGGAUAUAGAGCACACACAAACACAGUGAAGUCCCAGAGGUAUGCAUUGAAGAACCAACAAAGAGGCCAAGUGGACGACGAUCAAGAUCAGCCAUAUUGGCUGGACUGAAUCAGUUGAUCCUGAAAACGUGGUUCAAGCUCUAGCUUUCUGCUUGGCAAUGCAAGAAACAAACGGAUGAGUAAACAAACCUGUAAUCUUGAGUUUACAUGAAGCACUUGAGAUGAGAAGUGAUUCUCGGUACCGCUGCAAUUGGUUUUGAAAAAAAUGCAAAAUAAUGUUAAAAAAUAUAACUGUCCUGCUGAAUAAAGCUGUAA